AUGGGCACGACCUGCCUUACCAUUUUCAUGCUCCUGCUUCUCCUGAUGAUUUGUGUCUGCAAAUCCGAUGACCAGUUGACAAGCGGAAGGUCACUGACCCCCGGCGACCUGCUCAUCUCCAAAGGCGGCGUCUUUGCGCUCGGCUUCUUCUCCCCGUCCCCGGCCGGCUCCAGCACGAGCCUGUACGUUGCGAUCUGGUUCCACGGCAUCCCUGAGCACAACCGCACCGUCGUGUGGGUCGCCAACCGCGACAGCCCAGCCACCACCUCUUCGUCCCCGACGCUCGCCAUCAGCAACAACUCUGACCUCGUGCUGUCGGACUCCCAAGGCCACACUCUCUGGAGGACGCAGAACGCCAUCGCCGCCGCCGUCCACGACAACGGCACUGCCCUCGCCGUGCUGCUCGACACGGGGAACCUGGUACUCCAGCUGCCCAACGGCACGGUCAUCUGGCAGAGCUUCGAUCACCCGACUGAUACCAUUCUCCCAGGCAUGAGGUUCCUGAUGAUCCACAGGGCUCGCCCCGCCGGGCGCCUGGUCUCUUGGAGAGGCCCCGCCGACCCGUCCACCGGAGACUUCUCGUUCGGCCUCGACCCCGUCUCCAACCUCCAGCUGAUGAUCUGGCACGGAGCCGACCCGUACUGCCGCAUCAGCGUGUGGAACGGCGUGUCGGUGUCCGGCGGCAUGUACACGAGCUCCCCUAGCUCGAUGGUGUACCAGACCAUCGUCAACACCGGCGACGACUUCUACCUUGUGUACACCGUCUCCGACAGCUCGCCGUACUUCCGGAUCAUGCUCGACCACACCGGCACGAUGAAGCUCCUGAGCUGGGACACCAACUCGUCGGCGUGGACGGUCAUCUCCGAGCGCCCCACCGGCGGCUACGGCCUGUACGGCUCGUGUGGCCCCAACGGCUACUGCGACUUCACCGGGGCUGCCCCGGCAUGCCAGUGCCUCGAGGGCUUUGAGCCCGUCGCCGUCGGGAUGAACUCUUCAAAAGGAUGCCGGAGAAUGGAGCCUCUGCGGUGCAGCAAGGGAAGCCACUUCGUGGCCUUGCCCGGGAUGAGAGUUCCUGACAAGUUUGUGCUCCUCCGGAACAGAAGCUUUGAGCAGUGCGCGGCCGAGUGCAGCAGUAACUGCUCCUGCACCGCCUAUGCUUACGCCAACUUGAGCAGCAGCGGUGCCAUGGCCGACCAGUCAAGGUGCUUGGUUUGGAAUGGGGAGCUUGUCGACACAUGGAAAAACAUCAACUAUGGCGAGAAGCUGUACCUCCGGCUUGCCAGCCCUCCUGCUAAAACCAAGACCAAUAUAGUAAAGAUUGUAGUCCCGGUUGUAGCAUGCCUGCUGCUACCCACAUGCAUAGCCCUUGUCUGCCUAUGCAAAUUCAAAGGGAAAUGGCAAAAAAGGGAGAUUCAGAAGAAACUGAUGCUAAGAUACUUGAGCACCUCAAAUGAACUUGGAGACAAAAAUGAAGAAUUUCCAUUUGUUAGCUUCGAUGACAUUGUUGCCACAACUGACAAUUUCUCUGACUGCAAUAUGCUUGGAAGAGGAGGCUUUGGCAAAGUUUACAAGAAGAAUGCAAUCAUGCAGGGAAUGUUGAAAGGAGGGAAGGAAGUUGCUGUCAAAAGGCUUAGUCAAGGUUCUGGGCAGGGUAUUGAUGAAUUCAGAAACGAGGUAGUUCUACUUGUCAAACUACAGCACAGGAACCUAGUUAGACUACUUGGUUGCUGUAUUCAUGAAGAAGAGAAGUUACUGAUCUAUGAAUACUUGCCUAACAAAAGCCUGGAUGCCUUCCUGUUUGGUACGCACUGA